CAGCGCGUAACUCAGCGUCGUGAUCGUGGCUGCCCUUCACGUCCGUCCACAUCCUUCGAACCUCUGCACCCAAACGCAGCACGAACGAUGGCCCUGCUCAAGUCCAAUAAGGUGAUCUACUGCCUGGGGAACAUUUCCCCGUCCCUGGGAGUCCUCUCCACCCGCAACAGCUCAUGGUGGGGUGGAGUGCAGAUGGGUCCCCCCGAUCCCAUCCUGGGGGUGACAGAGGCAUUCAAGAGGGACACCAACCCCAAGAAGAUGAAUCUGGGAGUCGGCGCCUACAGGGAUGACCACGGCAAGCCCUUUGUGCUCAGCUGCGUCCGCAAGGCAGAGGAGCUCAUCACUGCCAAACACAUGGAUAAGGAGUACCUUCCCAUUGGGGGUUUAGGAGACUUCUCAAAGUGCUGCGCCCAACUCGCUCUUGGUGCUGAUAGUGAAGUCUUGAAGAGCAGCAGGAACAUCACUGUCCAGACCAUCUCAGGAACUGGAUCCCUGCGCAUCGGAGCCAACUUUUUGGCUCGAUUCCACGGAGGUCCGCGUGACGUGUACCUGCCCAAGCCGUCCUGGGGAAACCACACGCCCAUCUUUAGAGACGCCGGCAUGCAGCUCAAGGCGUACAGAUACUACGACCCGUCCACCUGCGGCUUUGACUUCAAGGGAGCUCUCGACGACAUCUCUAAAAUCCCGGAGCAGAGUGUGAUCAUGCUGCAUGCUUGUGCCCACAACCCCACCGGUGUGGACCCCAAGCCUGAGCAGUGGAAGGAGAUUUCUGACCUUGUGAAGAAAAGGAACUUGCUGGUGUUUUUCGACAUGGCCUACCAGGGCUUUGCGAGUGGAGACAUCGAUCGUGAUGCCUGGGCUGUGCGCUACUUCAUCGAGCAGGGCCACAACAUCCUGCUGUCCCAGUCCUUUGCCAAGAACAUGGGGCUCUAUGGUGAGCGUGUGGGCGGCUUCACUGUAGUGUGUAACGACACCGAGGAGGCAAAGCGAGUGGAGUCUCAGCUGAAGAUCCUCAUCAGGCCCAUUUACUCCAACCCGCCAAUGAACGGCGCCAGAAUUGCAGCGACCAUUCUCAAUACACCAGAUCUGCGCUCACUGUGGCUGGAGGAGGUUCAUUUCAUGGCCAACCGCAUCAUAAAGAUGAGAGAACAGCUGGUGGCGGGUCUGAAAAAGGAGGGCUCCUCUCACAACUGGCAGCACGUCAUCGACCAGAUUGGGAUGUUUUGCUUCACAGGCCUUAAACCAGAACAGGUUGAGCGCCUGACAAAGGAGUUUUCCGUGUACAUGACAAAGGAUGGCAGAAUUUCCAUGGCAGGGGUGACCUCUGCGAAUGUGGGCUACCUGGCACAUGGGAUCCAUGCCGUCACCAAGUAGAGCGGAUCCUGCUGGGAGAGCUACAUAAUCAAAGCAGCAGAGUUAACGAGGAGCAUUGCGAGUCACUUAUUCAUCGUCUAGAAAAGAGCUCCGUGUUUAGUUUGAAAUUUUCUUAAUUGGAUUUCCUCAUGAGUUCAACUUGCCGCUAUCAAAAUGAGCAAGUUUCUUUGGAUUUUUUCUGUUUACAUUUAACUGAACAGACUCCCCAGAUUGUAAAAGGCAGUUUAUCCCCCCACUGACCAUCUUUGCUUAUUUAUUAUGUGGCAUCGACACUGCUGUGCAUUGGCGUCCUCCUAAAUGUGUGCUGUUAUCUGCAGCGGGCCCACUCGCCAUAAAACAUCCAGGAAACAACAUGGCGGUAAUCUUGGACUGUGCAUGCAUUUUAUGCACUAGUUGAAAAAUGGUGGAGUUGUAGCACUUUAAGUUGAAAGGCACUGUUAACGUUUUGAGAUUAGACCAGCAUUGUGUUUUAAUUUGAUAAUCAGGGAACCAAUUUACUAUCAUGCUAAUCUGCAGUGGUCAGUCUGAACUAAUCAAUUGUCCAGUAAUUUACUCCGUUCUUUGUUGGGGACCUUCCCAUCGUUCGCCCUUCUAUUGUCGUGGCGACAGUCCCUUUUUAAACGCCUGAUACAAGCGAGCACACAAGCCAAUCAAUACUCUGAAUGAAAAGGCCCCAAAUUCAAAGCCCCAUUGUUAAAAGUUGUAUUUUCAUCAUGCUGUCUUUGUGUGUAUGAUAGAAAUGAGUGGAUUAAGUGAUCCUGAUGAAUUUCAGACAGUUGAUGGAUGAAUACACACCUACUGCUCAUUCACUCAGACAUCACGUGUAUGUGUACAGUGUAUAAAUCUGUGGGGUUUCACCCCCAUCCGUCUCAUACUUCUGAAACCUCUGGCAUUACGCCUCCCUGUUUGCAUUCUGUCAUCCAUUAAUCUUAUUGAAGAAACAAUAAAUGGUCAUAGAAGAAUGA